GGCCACUGAGCCAAAUGAAGUCUUCUCCUCUGUGCUGCUUUCAGAUCAGCUUAUCAAGUUUUAUCUAUUCAUCUAAAGCAAAUGGGAGGUUGAAAAUGAUCAAAGACCAGCUAAAUGUCUUCUUUCACCCCCUCCGUUUGCACUCCUCAUAACUGAGAGUCAGGAAACAGCAAGGUGGAGAAAAACUCCUCGAACUCCAGCUGCAGCCCGAAUGCUAAGUGUCUGCCGUGUCCGGUGUGCGAGGAAACUGUGGGGUCCAGCACAAACCUCCCAGAUCCUAAAUGUGACAAACAUGCACAGAUCCGUACGCCAACUGCUACACAAAAAGGUAAUGGAAGACAACAAGCCAUGGGCUCUGAUCUCAGAGGUGGGCGGACAAGGUUACAUUGAAGAGGUUACUGACAUAAUGAAACAACACUUCCAAAUCAUCUGCCUCAAAGACUUCCUUCAAAACCCUCUGCUGCACGGUCCUAAAAUCCAGGCCAUGUUUGUGUGGAACGCCCUUCCGGCAACCAAACCUGCGCUGCUCAGUUCACUUCCCUCACUGAAGGUGGUCGCCAACGGAGGAGUGGGCAUCGACCACCUGGAUGUGUCGUACAUCACCAGUCUGGGAGUCAAGGUGACCAACACACCUGGUGUGGUGAGCGAUGCCACUGCUGAUAUUGCAAUGGGUCUGCUUCUGGCAUCGGCACGCAAUAUCGUUGAAGGUCACCAAAUAGCUGUUAACCCCAACACCACACAUAAACAAUGCAAGAUGGGAGUUGAAGUCACAGGGUCGACUCUGGGAAUUAUUGGAAUGGGACACAUUGGCUCCAAAAUUGCUCAAAGAGGAAAAGGAUUUGACAUGAAGAUCCUGUAUCACAACAGGAGCAGGAGGAGUGUUGAAGAUGAGCAGGCAGUGGGUGCGAGUUACCAUGACAACAUGGAUGACCUGCUGAAUGCGUCGGACUUCGUCGUGCUGGCGGUCAACCUGACUCCUGAAACCACAGGCCUGAUAAGCCACAGAGAGCUGUCCCUCAUGAAACCCACAGCAACACUGGUCAACAUCAGCAGAGGUCUGGUUGUGGACCAGGAUGCUUUAGUCAAAGCUCUGCAGUCUGGAACAAUUCGUGCGGCGGCAUUAGACGUGACUCACCCUGAACCUCUACCAAGGGAUCAUCCUCUCCUUGGCCUUCCUAAUGUGCUGAUCACCCCCCACGUUGGCACCAACACGUACACUACAACAAGAAGAAUGGUGCAGAGGAUGGUAGAAAAUGCUGUCGCUGCACUGAAAGGCCAAACUAUUCCCAAUGAAGUCCAACCAAAAUGACUGUACUGAUAGUACCUCAACUGUCUGUAGUAAAAAGUGGUUUCCUAUUGCAAAAUGAAGUACAUAGAUUAGCUGUUUGGUUGUUCUGUCUAAUAAUCUGCCACAACUACUUUGAUAAACAUGAUGAUUUGUUAUAUUAAGAUUACCAAAAUGUAUCAAUUGGCAUGUUAAAUAUCACUUGUCUGUAAACAACAAUACAUGUUAGAAAUGACAUGAUUAGAUGAGGAUUUUAACGUUAAGUGUACUUUAGUGUAGUAUAAUAACUUAGUUAUACUGAAGGACUGUGACAAUAAAAUACAAAGUCAAUGUACAUGCUG